AUGGGCGCCUUACAGUCCUUACCUGGCCAUCAGGAGUACAUUGAUCUGGCGGAGAGGACGGGCUUUUCAUGUGAACAGAUCGGAGUCCUCCAUAAAAGAUUCAAGCAGUUGAGUCACAAUGAAGAAACUCUGCAGAGAGAUCACUUCAACGAGAUCCCAGAUCUGGCGUGCAAUCCCAUCCGUUCCCAGAUUAUAGGGGCCUUCUUUGACAGAAGAAACUUUCGGCAGAAUGGGGAGGGGACCAUCGAGGAGAUCAACUUUGAGGAGUUCUUGGUGGUCAUGUCCCACUUCAGGCCCCCUUCACUAAACAUGACGGAAGAGCAGCGUGAGAGCGUCAGGAGGGAGAAACUGAGAUUUUUGUUCAACAUGCAUGACACAAACAACGAUGGAACAAUAACUCUCGAAGAAUACAGACAUGUUGUGGAGGAGCUGUUAUCUCGCAGUGGGGCCCUGGGGAAGGAUACAGCCAAAAGCAUUGCUGAUGCAGCCAUGUUGGAGGUGGCCGGUAUUUCAAUGGGCCACAUGGAACCUGAUGAAUUCUAUGAAGGCAUCACAUUUGAGCAUUUCCUCAAGUUACUGAAUGGCUUCGAAAUUGAGUCGAAAAUGAACAUUCGUUUUCUGAAUAUGGACACACCAAGUCUAUGCAAGUAAGGUUGGUACACUGAAUGAUGUAGCGGGGAAACUCUGAGGACACAUACUCAUGCUUUCACAGCAGCAAUAACUAUCUUUUGUUUCCUACUAGGGCCUGACCAAUACUAGAUUUUUGGGGCCGAUACUUAUAUCAUGGAGUAAAAAAAAUUCUAAUAUCGAUAUAUCAGCCGAUAAACGGUCGCCCAUAAAGUUGGAAUAAAAUAUUUUUUACCUCUUUCCAUAUGAUGAUUGUGACAAUGUGAUUUAUUCUUGAUAGAUAAAGUGUUUAUAUUCUCAAAAUUGUAUUGAUGAAUCUCAUUGCACCUGGUCAAAGGUGAUUACUGAUGUGUAUAAAUAGAAAAUAAAAAGAGGAAUGUGUCUGAAAACAAAAUUAUUCCAACUUUAUGGGCGACCGUGUAUAUACAGAUAUAAACCAAAACACACAUUUUUUGCAGUCAAACACACAUUUGGUCCCUUAAAUGUGGUUAUAUAAUACUUGUGACAAAGAUAUGUAAUGGAGGCAUGAUAUGUUACAGUUUAUGCACUUAUAUAGUAAAGGUGAAUAAAUAAUAAAAAGGAACAAAUGAUACAUAAAAUGCUUCCAAUAUGAAUUCAAACAUAAAAAAUACACAUAUAGUAAAAUAUACAACAUUGACACUGAUAUAUCUGUGAUAUAUAUAUCUGGCUGAAUAUCG